CAAUGCGUAAAAUUGAUUGGACAAUAUUCACAACCUAAUUUUGAACAUAUCAAUUCAUGAAUAAACACGAUCGAAGUGUAUUCACUUUGAACUAAACUCGUCUAAAAUUAUAUAUAAAAUGUUAUUUUAGACAGCACUAGUUUCAGCAGAUGAGUUAAGGGUUGCCACUGUCAUAUAAUGUAAUCUAUUAAAAUGUAUCGUGCAAAUCAAAAUGGACACCCCCAAAGGGUGGAUGCUGAACCCAUUCAUCAAAAUCUGGUCAAUGGAAGGCAACCACCCCCUAUGAAUGUUCCAAUGACAGUGUCUGAACAAUUUAGAGAAUCAUGGUUGACUGCUAUUAUUGGACUUAUUAUGUUUGCAACUGGCAUGUGUCUUUUAUUCUGGAAUGAGGGAAGAGCAGUCAAAGUAGCACAUUCUUUAGAUGAAGCUUUACGAAAUGUAGCAGUGCUUCCAAAUGCAAUGAAGUUAUUACCCGAAUAUGAAGGACAUUUAAUACAUUUAUCAGGCCCAUUAAAGAUAUUGGAACCAUUAACUGAACCUGAUUAUGGUGUAAUUGUAUCAAGUGUGAAAUUAAAACGGAGAGUACAGAUGUAUCAAUGGGUUGAAAUAGAAGAAGAAAGAAGCUUUGGAGGAGUAACAGAAGAAGGAAAACAUUAUUAUUAUACAACAGAAUGGAAAGAUAAACUUGUUGAUUCUGAUAGUUUCUAUAUUAGAACUGGCCAUCACAAUCCAAAAGAAAUGCCUAUUAAAAGUCAAGUGCAAAUUGCAGAUGAAGUUAAAAUUGGAGCCUUUACCCUUGGGACUGAAUUAAAAAAGAAGUUUAAUGAUUUUGUGGAAGUUACUAGUGAUGAAAGACCUGAACGUAAAGAUAUUAAGAUGCAUUCUGGUUUAUACUAUCAUAGUUCUGAUUUAUGGAAUCCUCAGGUAGGAGAUAUACGUAUACAAUUCUCAUAUGCAGGAAAAGGAGGUGAUAUAUACUCUAUAGUUGGUAUGUUACAAAAAGGAACUAUUGUACCAUAUAUUACAUCACAUGGUGAUGAAAUUUUACUUCAAAGAAAGCAUAAGAUAUCAGUGGAUCAAAUGUUUCAUUUAGAACAUGUACACAAUUAUUGGCGUACAUGGAGUAUUAGAGGACUUGGUUGGUUAGUCUUAUUUUUGGCAGCAACAUGUUUAGCAAAUAUAUUGAGGACAGUAAUUCUUAAUUCAACAUUCUUGUGUGGAAUUAUUGCAGUUGAGUCUGUAACAAUGUCUGUAUCAAUGUCUAUUAGUUUAUUAGUAAUUGGUUUUGCUUGGGUGUGGUAUCGACCGGUAAUAGGACUCUGUCUAGCAUUAGCAUCAAUUUUACCAUUUAUUUAUUCAACAUUAACAUCAGGAUCUCAGUCACAACAACGUGAAAGUUAUAGAAGAUUAUGA